CCUCUACCCCCAGCUCCUACCCCGCCCUCCCCGUGGCCCAGCAGCAGGAGGGGGAAAACCAAACCCAACCCUCAUCCUCCAGCCCUCCUCCCCACGUGCACUAUGGAUCGCACCUUCUAGAGUCUUAACUCAGUUCUGGAGGACCAACAUCCCCCGGAUCUGCACUUCGGGAGGCCUCUGCUCCCGGGAUGCGAGAGCCAGGGACCAACCCGCCCUGUGCGGAGCUCCAGCCGCAGCCGGGCGCGCAACCCCGAGUCUGAGGACGCGUGUGGAGGAAAGGAGCCACAGGUUCGCGCAGGUGCAUAGGCGGGCUAUGGUGAAAGGAAGAUGUUGGCCAGGAAGAGCAUCAUCCCGGAGGAGUAUGUGCUGGCGCGCAUCGCAGCAGAGAACCUGCGCAAGCCGCGCAUCCGCGACCGCCUCCCCAAAGCCCGCUUCAUUGCCAAGAGCGGAGCCUGCAACCUGGCACACAAGAACAUCCGAGAGCAAGGUCGCUUCCUGCAGGACAUCUUCACCACCUUGGUAGACCUGAAGUGGCGUCACACGCUGGUCAUCUUCACCAUGUCCUUCCUCUGCAGCUGGCUGCUCUUCGCUAUCAUGUGGUGGCUGGUGGCCUUUGCCCACGGGGACAUCUACGCUUACAUGGAGAAAAGCACCAUGGAGAAGAGUGGCCUGGAGUCCGCUGUCUGUGUGACCAAUGUCAGGUCAUUCACUUCUGCGUUUCUCUUCUCCAUUGAGGUUCAAGUGACCAUUGGGUUUGGAGGGAGAAUGAUGACUGAGGAAUGCCCUCUGGCCAUCACAGUUUUGAUUCUGCAGAACAUCGUGGGUCUGAUCAUCAACGCGGUCAUGUUGGGCUGCAUCUUUAUGAAAACGGCGCAGGCCCACAGAAGGGCAGAGACGCUGAUUUUCAGCCGCCAUGCUGUGAUUGCGGUCCGCAAUGGCAAGCUGUGCUUCAUGUUCCGGGUGGGUGACCUGAGGAAGAGCAUGAUCAUUAGCGCUUCGGUGCGCAUCCAGGUGGUCAAGAAAACCACAACGCCAGAAGGGGAGGUGGUGCCUAUUCAUCAGCAGGACAUUCCUGUUGAUAAUCCCAUCGAGAGCAAUAAUAUCUUCCUAGUGGCCCCAUUGAUCAUCUGCCAUGUGAUUGAUAAGCGUAGCCCCCUGUAUGAUAUCUCAGCAACUGACCUUGCCAAUCAAGACCUGGAGGUCAUAGUGAUUCUCGAGGGCGUGGUAGAAACCACGGGCAUCACCACGCAAGCGCGGACCUCCUACAUUGCGGAGGAGAUCCAGUGGGGACACCGCUUCGUGUCAAUUGUGACCGAGGAGGAGGGCGUGUACUCUGUGGACUAUUCUAAAUUUGGUAAUACUGUGAGAGUGGCUGCGCCACGGUGCAGUGCCCGGGAGCUGGAUGAGAAGCCUUCCAUCCUGAUUCAGACGCUCCAAAAGAGUGAACUGUCGCACCAGAAUUCUCUGAGGAAGCGCAACUCCAUGAGAAGAAACAACUCCAUGAGGAGAAGCAACUCCAUCCGGAGGAAUAAUUCUUCCCUUAUGGUGCCCAAGGUGCAGUUCAUGACUCCAGAAGGAAACCAGUGCCCAUCAGAAUCGUGAGGGCAGGAUGACCGGAGACACUCACUCACUGAGUCCUGAUGACUGACAGACAAUCCUGAGAUAGUUCAUUGAGUUCUGAUGAUCAAAAUAUUGCACUCAUCACCAAUUCAGGGCUGGAACACAGUAUUCAUAUCCUAAUGUACUGAGAAAUAUUCAUAUUUGAGACAUUAAACUUCCUACAUAAAUAAACAAUAACUCACAAACUUGAGCUCUUUAUUCUCUCAUCUUAAACUCUGUUUUCUUCCCAGCGAUCUCUGCAAUCCGGGUCAGUUGGCCUGCGUUUUUGAGCUUCUGUCACUUAGCAGAGAUGAGAUCUUCUACCAAAGCCCAGUUUCUUCAUCCUUAGCUCCUUCACCCUCAAGUAAGGGCAGAGUAG